AUGAAGGUAACAUGGAAACUCCCCCUCGCCGUGCUCCUCUUCCACUUUGCUCGACCACCGCUUCCCUCUCGAUGGUUUAACAGCACUACUCUCUUCAUCCUCGCUCAUCUCCUUGGGGACCCCAUUCACACUGGUGCUUCGUUGCUCUACACCGUGGCUCAAUGUCAGAAACUCACGGAAAAGAUCCGCUCGUACGUCGACGACGCCAGAGAACGUGGACGUAAAGGGGUCGUAACGACCUGGCGCUUUCAGCUCGGGGGCGAUAACCUCUGGAAAGAACUCAGCAUUAUCGCAGCGACUUACAGUGAAUGGGGCGUCAAGGACAUUGACGUCUUUCUCAAGGAGAGCAUUGACCGCCUCCUCCUCUCCCCCUCCAUUUCCCCCUCCCAAGCCCUCCGGAUAAUGCACCACCUUCGCCUCACAGCCUCCCUCCUCGCUGCCGACAGAUCCACCUAUGUCCUCCCCAUCUUCAUCACUCUUUUGUCGUUCAUAAUCGGCAUCGCGGGCGCCUACUGGCGCGUAGCGGACGUGACUACCCAACUAGACGAACACACCUGGUUGAACGUCGAGGCUUACUCCAUUGCUAUUUCCGCGCCCUUUUUGCACUUGUUAUCAGAUAUUUUUCUCAGUGCGCUGAUUGGCGUGCCGCAGACGGAGACGAGCCAUCCGAAUAUCUUGAAUGAUUUGCAUGAUAAACUUGAGGCGGAGGGCGAGGAAUGGGUGAAGAGGCUGAAGAGUAUUGAGACGCCGGUAGUAUUGUCGAGGAGAAGAGGGGUGUUUUCGUCGGCCGAUUUGGGGUUGGAUGGGAAAGUGGACGGGGAUGAGGAGCAGGGAAGAAGGGCUGAGGACAAGGAGAUUCCGCCGGAGGGAUUCGACUGUCGGAAUGGCGCCAUUCUGCUGAUGAUGGGGAUCUGGCUCGUCUCCGCUCUCAUCGAUUUCCUGCUUACUCUUAUCCUCGAGUUCUGGUAUCCCUCGUCGCCAGUGGCGCCCUCUCGUCCUUCUUCUCCUUCGACCUUUUCCUCCUCUUCCUCCAGCUCUCUUCCUAGCUCACUGUCCUCCGCUUCCCCUUCUUCCCACGACCCCUCUCCUGCCUCCUUGUCCUCCUUUUUUCCCACAUCUCCUUCCUCUUCGCUUUUCACACCCUUAUCCUCGCCCCCCCUCAACCACAGCUGCGCCCCCUCUUCCUCACCCUCUUCCUUCCCCUUCCCCGCCACUUCCGAUUCUUCUUGCCCAUUAAUGCCCAUAUCCCUAGUCCCAGGAUCAUCUACACCCAUCCCUAGUCCCACCGGCACCAACGCUUCGAACCCACCAACAACUCCAAUUCCCCGAUCACCAUCAACCUACACCCCAACCCUCAUCAAAAACUUCAUCCUCUCCCUCUCCAUCCUAACAAUAAUCCUGCUAAUCCAACUCGGCAUCUUCAACCGCUGCGACUGCUACUCCCUCUGGGGCCAUGGUCCGCUCGGUCUUCCACAGAUUCCAGCAAUAGAGCAAAUCCUCAUCAAAAGAAUCCGGGGAGAAUGGCCGGCUGUCACAUUUGGAUGGGUGGCGUUGGAGAUGGUCAUUUGCGGCGCUGUGGUGUGGAGGUAUAGGGAUGCGUUCAGAGUUUAUUUGCAAAGGGAUGAUGGGGCGAGUAAUGGGGAGUGGAUGCCGGGGUUUAUGGUGGAGGUUAUGGUGAUGGUAAAGGGGUGGAUUGGAGGGGUUCGAAAGGUGGUGAAGAGGGGGUGGGUUUGCGUGAGCGUGAGAAGGGCAUGGUGGGUGUCGGUGAGGGGAUUGCUGGCCUGGAGGAGGGGAGGGCACUCAAGGCACAUGCAGGCAGAGGGAGAAGGGUUCGUGGAAGUUGUGACGAUUGAGGGUGUUGGCAUGAGGGGCUUGAAGACUUGA